CGACGGCUUACAACACUGCUCUUCUGCGCAGAAAAACAAUCAGCUGUUUGCGUGUUACUUUUUGUCGUUCCAAGAGAAAAUUCAUUAUUUGUGGAAAAUAUUGCCAACAAACGGAAGAAAAAUUGUGCAACUUAUACGGAAAGCAGUGCGCCACGUAUUGGUCAUGGAGAAACGCGUGUGGCAACUCUGCUGGCUGCUGCUGGCGAUGGCGUCAGCAUAUGCCGACGUCAUGGCUGGUGUAACGACGCAAAAUGCUCUGUUGGCGACGGGGGGCUCCGCGGCCACUGCCGCCGCCGCUGAGACUUCACCUGGCAGCGGCAGCACUGGCACUGGCACUGGUACUGGUGUUUGCCCUCGCAUGUUGCGCCACGUCUUUGAGAAUGCCACGCCGCGCGACGAGCAGCAGGCAGGGGUCUUCGAGGAGUACAAGCCCAGCGCAGAGGUCGCCUCCGAGGAGCCACUGGAGGAGGAGGCCUACCUCUGGAACUGCCUGCAGGCGUGCUGCGACAAGUCCCGCAACCAGUCGAGCGCCUGCAACGUGGUGCUUGUGUUCCACGGCAAGUGCUACCACAUCCGCUGCAGCAACAACGAAGGCUGCCUGCCCAAGCAACGGAUCCGCAACAACGAGAAGGUCCAAAUGGUGCUGGUCAAUCCCGUGGGAGAGUCCGCCACGUGGUCGCAGCUGCUGAAGGCCUCAAAGCCAAAUGCCGAGAUUCUGCCCUACGACGAGCUGGCGGCCCAGGGAGCGGCAGCCCUCAACUUCUGGAAGCAGCCCCGUCGCCUAAGCUACUUGCCACGCAAUCAGGAAUCGCCCACCUACGAUGAUGAGGAUUUCCCCUUGGCGGACAAACGGCUGAAGCAGCUGCACGACCAACUGGACGAGAACGAUGUGCUGGCCAGUGAGGAUCUCAACUACUUUGGCGGCGUGGAGCUGCCGCAGAAUGGGAAAUUUAUGACCUGUGACCUGGAGACGCCCUGCCCGCCGCAAGAGCAGUGCGUGCCGCUCCAUCCCAAUGCGGCCACAGGGCUGUGCACCUGCCCGCGCGGCUUCGAUUGGAACAAGCAGAGGAAAUGCGUGAUGCGAGCCAUUCCCUACAGCGCCUAUCUGACCAGCAACGACGAGGCUGUGCAGCAGCAGCAGCAGCAGCAGGAGGAGACAGUGGCUGCCGCCGCCAGCGAGAACUCGCCCGAGGUGUCCGCUGCGCCAGCAGCCAAUUCGGAGGCCAGCAAGGACAUUGUGGUCUCGGUGAUGUCCAAGGAGGUGCGUCUGCCCGAGCAGGAGGUAACGCUGGCCGCCUUCACCGUCCCCGAUGAGCAGACGAGCGACACCAAGUACAAGUACCUGUGGACGCUGAUAUCGCAGCCCAAGGGACCGAUGAAUGGCACCAUUUCGGACCAGAGCAAGUCCAAGGUGAAGCUGUCGAAUCUCUCCGAGGGACUGUACACCUUCAAGGUCACCGUAACGGGCGACAAUGGCACCUUUGGCGAGGCGGCUGCCAAUGUGACGGUGCUACCCGAGAACCGCAUCAAUCAGCCGCCGCAGGUGAUCAUCUCCCCGCGCAAGCAGAUCAUCCGACAGCCCUCUACCAAUGCCAUUCUCGAUGGCAGCACCAGCACGGACGACGACAAAAUCACCAACUGGCACUGGGAAGUCAUUUCGGGACCCAUUGGCUAUCAGCCCACGCUGCCAGAGGUGAACACGCUCCAGCUGGAUCUCACAUCGCCCGGCAACUACACCUUCAAGCUGACGGUCACGGACUCCAAUAAUGUCACAAACUCAACGACCGCCACAAUUGCAGUUCUCAAGGAAACGGACUAUGCGCCGGUGGCAAAUGCAGGCGAUGCCGUGAUCCUGUAUCUGCCCAACAACAAUGUGACACUCAAUGGCACUGCCAGCUCCGAUGACCAUGAAAUCGUGGCCUGGGAAUGGACAAAAGAUGCCAGCGACGAAGCCAAGGCAGUGGACAUGCAAAACACAAGGACACCCUAUGCACAGCUGUCGAAUCUGGAGGAGGGCAUGUACACCUUUGUGCUGAAGGUAACCGAUGGCAGUGGCCAGUCGAGCACGGCCAAGGUGCAUGUGUUCGUAAAGCCAGCAACGAAUUCCCCGCCAAUUGCAGAGGCGGGUGCUAAUGCGACCACAAGUUUGCCCAUCAAUUGGGUGCUGCUGAAUGGUUCGGAAUCCAAAGAUGACAUUGGCAUCAAAAGCUAUCAAUGGAAGCAGCUAAGUGGACCCAAUAACGCAGUGAUUUUGAAGUCCAAUUCAUCGAUGGCGAAUGCCACAAGCCUCACGUUGGGCCUCUACGAGUUCCAGUUAAGUGUCUCGGACGAGAACAACAACACAGCCACAGACUCCACUUGGGUGAAGAUUGUGCAGGAACGCAAUGCGCCGCCCGUGGCCAAUGCUGGCGGGGAUCACAGCAUCUCAAUGCCCGUCACAGCCAUCUAUUUGAAUGGCUCGCAAUCUUGGGAUGAUUUGGCUGUGGUCAAGUAUCUGUGGACGCGUGAGGACAACAGUCUGGCAGCGGGCAUUAUUGUGGCAGACACCGACAAGCAGCCCGUGAUGAUUCUAACGAACCUCGUGCACGGCCGCUAUGUCUUCAAGCUGACGGUGAGCGAUGAUCAGGGCCUGACGAGCACGGACACCGUUAGCGUGAAUGUGCACCCCGAUCCGCUGUUGAUGUAUCUCGUCCAGAUAACUCUGCCCAUGGGCAUAUCUGUGAUCUCUCAGUCCGAACUGGAUUCCAUUGUGCAGAAGCUGCAGCUGCUGCUCGGCGAUGACAACAAGAUACAGAUACGGGAGCUCAAAUACGAUCUGCAUACGGAGGCGGCUGUGCUCGUGUUUUAUGUUACAGGCAUGCAAUCGACGCCGCUGAAUGCGCUGCAUGUGGAGCUGCUGCUGCGUGCCAAACUCCAGAGGGAUGCCUCCAUACUGGGCGCCCUCUUUGUGGACAUACGCACCACCGUCUGCCAGAACAGUUGCUCCGGACAUGGCAGUUGCAAUCCCGCGACACGCGCCUGCAUCUGUGAGGCUUUUUGGAUGCCAUCGGCGGGCUACUUUUUCAGCAAUCAGGAGGCCAAUUGCGAUUGGUCCAUAUUGUAUGUGUUUGUGGGCGUGAUUGUGGGCUGCCUGCUGCUGUCGGGCGUCUUUUGGGGCAUUGCCUGCGCCUGCCGUCAGUCGAAGAAGCCCCGUUUGCGGCAGAAAGUGCAGAAAUAUGCACUAAUAGGCAAUCAGGACGAAGAGGCGGCCAAUUAUUCCCGCACUACCUCUCUCACAGAGUCUGAAACGGACUCGGAUGUCCUCUUUGAGACACGCACAAAGCCCUCGCACAAUGGCAUUGGGGGCAAGCACAACCACAAGUCCUCCUCCCAUGGCCAUGGCAGCAGUGGUGGCGGCAGUGGCGGCUCCUCGGGACGCGAGGGGCACGGCAAAUAUGCCGUUACCAAAUUGGGUCGCAAAAUCAAGGCCUAAAUCUUGAGAGGAAUCAAUCAGAUAUAUACAUAUAUGUGUGUGUUUUAGUCGAUAUCUGUACUAUAUAUAGUAUCUGUACUAUAUAUAUAGUGAGU